ACUCAUCUGUAAGCUAUUUACUCGGAGUCUUGAAAGAAUUUGGAAAGAAUUUUCGCCCUAUGCGAAGGGCUGUGUUGGGUUUACGAUGUCUAGAAACGCUAAACAACCGCCGAGACUGUCGCAGAACCUCAUAGAAGUUAAAAGCAAGUUUUACGCAGAGUUUCGUCGUUUUUCUGCUGACAAAGCCAAAGUGAACAAGUAUGAUGAGUUCUGUACGCUUGUGGAAACAUUGCACCGACUACAGCAGAUUCCCUUUGUCAUCACUUAUACCGAUCCAAUUCAUGGGGAUCCUUUACCUAUUAACAAUGACGAUAACCUGAAAAAGGCCUUGUCAAUGGCACAGCCCUUACUUAGGCUAAUGGUGCUACGAAAAGAUGAUGGAGAGUUCCAAUUCAAUGGCUAUGGCACAUUACCCAUGAAAAAGAAGAACCCCAUUAGCAAGUUGAUCCACAACGAACCGCUGCCAAAACCUCGACCACAGAUCAGCAUGCCAGAAGAUUUCCGUCGCGUUUCUGCUAUCAUCGAUGUUGACAUCGUGCCAGAGACACAUCGCAGGGUAAAACUUAUGAAAAACGGGUCGGACAAACCUUUAGGAUUUUACAUUCGUGAUGGAACGAGUCUUCGUGUCACCUCUCAUGGCUUGGAGAAAGUGCCAGCUAUUUUUAUUUCACGUCUGGUGCCUGGCGGGUUGGCUGAGAGCACAGGUUUGCUGGCGGUGAACGAUGAGGUGCUAGAGGUAAAUGGUAUUGAGGUGUCUGGUAAAACCCUCGACCAAGUGACAGACAUGAUGGUGGCCAACAGCUCUAACCUCAUCAUCACAGUCAAACCAGUCAACCAGAGACUGACGCUAGCCUCUCAGCUCGCCAAAGUGGGACGCAACUCCCAGUCUUCGCACAUAUCCCAGAAUUCCACAGGCUCGCUCCAUUCCCACAAGUCCACCAAAUCUGGAGAAAGUGACACUGUUAUCGAGCACUCAAAAGAGGAUGACGACGAAGAUGAAGUGCACGAACAUAUUAAAACUCCGCCAAAGACGACAAAGGCAGUGUCCAACAACAACAACAAGGAUAAGGCAGCCUUACUGAGCCUCUAGCAAUUACUUCUGUGGGUCACCCUAGCCCUUCUACACAUAUUUUUACAUCAACAUCUUUUCAGUGACAGUCCAGUUAGGGGCUGAAGCAUUUGUGUACAUUCAGUUGGUGCCUGUGUAUUGCAAGGCUGUGACCUGCCAGUCUAUUCAAUUUUGGGACCAAAAGCUGUAAGGUGUGCACAACAACGGGUCUUGAUUUCAUGAAGCCAUCGUAGCAUUACAUGUAUGUGCAUUCUAACUACAAUAGCACUCAGUGGGGGAGACGUAUUCUUGCUGUGGUAGUUACAUGCACCUAACGCUACAAGAGCUCUGCGCAAGUGGCCUGUAUGUUCUGUAUUUGGUAUCAAAAAUCAUUCAUAUAUCUCUUGGUAUCUGACAGUUGUGCAUGGAACUUUUCAUGCUACAUUUAUUCUUAUAUCUGUGCUUUUUAUGUAUUGUUGGAUGAACUUUUUUAAAUAUACAUGUAUCUAUAUACAUAUCUAAAUGAAGAUGUGUUGCGCGGGCCAAAUUAUCACAUCAAUGUUUGCGUUUGAAUGACGCAAUAUCUUGCCUUUUUGAUACUGAAAAUAAUACAGUUCUCAUGUUGUCUUAUUUAGCCUUGCAUAUAACCAAUGUGAAUUUUAAAUUAACUAUAUUUUAUGGUUUACUAUUCCCAAGAAGCUUGCAACUCUCCUGGUGAGGCUCACAGCAAUGUUGACUUUUCUAUAUUUCAUUUUUGUAAGACUUGUUAAAGAUGCUCUGUGUACAAUU